GGAUAUACUCAAGGUCAUAUUUUGGCUCUUGUGGACUUGCUCUGAUUUUCUUCAGUUUCAUUUUGACCUUGCAUAUGAGCAAUUGAUGGUCUGUUUCACAGUGGGCCCGGACCUUGUUCUGAUUGAUGAUAAUGAUCUUUUUCAUCGUCUCUUUCCACAAAUGUAGUCAGUUUCAUUACUGUGUGUUCCAUCUGGGGAGGCCCAAGUGUACAGUUGUUGUUUAUGUUGGUGAAAGAAGGUAUUUGCAAUGAAGAAGUCAUUGGUCUUGCAAAAUUCUAUCAUUUGAUCUCCGGCAUUGUUUCUAUCACCAAAGCCAUAUUUUCCAACUACCAAUACUUCUUCAUUUCCAACUUUUGCAUUCCAAUCACCAGUAAUUAUCAAUGCAUCCUGAUUGCAUGUUUGAUCAAUUUCAGACUGUAGCAGCUGAUAAAAAUCUUCAAUUUCUUCAUUUUUGGCCUUAGUUGUUGGUGCAUAAAUUUGAAUACUAGUCGUAUUAACUGGUCUUCCUUGUGGGUGUGUGGAUAUUAUCCUAUCGCUGACAGUGUUGUACUUCAGGAUAGAUUUUGACAUUUUUUUUUGAUGAUAUAUCUCCAUAGAUACAUCCCAACUCCCUGAGGGACCGAAUUGCUGGGCUGAGGGCUGUGGGGACCAUGGUCUUGGGUCUAGCUCAAUUGACAUAACAUAGUUUAUAAAGAAAAUGGCUUACAUUCUACUUUGGUGAGUAGCGUCUGGGGUCUUAAAAGCCUUUUAGCAGACAGAACACUGGUCUCACCCCUUCAGAAGCAAGGAAAAUGAAGAGAACUAGAUAUAAGGGAAAGAGUAGUCCAAAGGGCUAAUAGACCACAUCAACCCUCCGCCAGACUGAGUUCAGUACAACUAGAUGGUGCCCAGCUAGCACCACUGACUGCUCUGCCAGGAAUCACAACAGAAGGUCCUGGAUAGAGGCGGAGAAAAGUGUAGAACGAAAUUCUAACUCACAAAAAAAGACCAGACUUACUGGCCUGACAGAGACUUGAUAAACCCCGAGAGUAUAGCCCUCAGAUAAGAUUUUAACCCAGUACUGAAUUCACUCUUGAGGUUCACUCUUCAGCCAAAGGUUAGGCAGGCCCAUAAAACAAAAUGAGACUAAAUGGGUACACCAGACCACGGGCAAGGAUGAGAAGGCAGGAGGGGACAGGAAAGUUGGUAAUAGGGAAACAAGAUCAAGAAGGGGAGAAUGUUGACAUGUGGGAUUGGUAACCAAUGUCACAAAACAAUGUGUGUAUUAAUUUUUUAAUGAGAAACUGAUUUGCUCUGUAAACCUUCAUGUAAAGUAUAAUUAAAAAAAAAGACUGUUGUAAGUGAGGUUCAUGGUAACUGGAAUACAUUGUAAGUUGGGGACUACUUGUAUUUUGUUACGUUGUUAUGAUCCUUUUUAUCUUGUUUGGCUAUGUUGCUAUGUCUCUAACUUAGUUUCUUAUUUUGGUUAUUUGCAUCUUCUCAUUUUUUUCCUUUGUCAGUGUAGCCAUUGGUUUGUCCAUUCUAUUGAUCCAUUCAAGAACCAGCUUCUGGUCUUGUUGAUUUUUUCUAUUGUUUUUCUGUUUUCUACUUCAUUUACUUCUGCUCUGAUGUUUAUAAUUUCUUUUGGUAGCUUUGAUCCUCUUUUGCUUUACCUUUUCUAUUUGUUUGAGUUGUAGGCUUAAAUUAUUGGUUUUGGAUCUUUCUUCUUUUUUAAUUCAGACAUUUAUUGCUAUAAUUUCCCUCAGAGCACUGCUUUUGCCAUGUCCCAUAGGUUUUGCUAUGUUAUGUUAUGUUUUCAUUUUCGUUUGAUUUUGAGUAUUUUUUAAAUUCACUUUUAAUUUCUUCUGUGACCCAAUAGUUUUUCAGCAGUGUGUUAUUUAGUUUCCAUGUGUUUAUUUUUUCUUACUCUUUCUGUUAUUGAUCACUGUACAUGCUCUGUAUGAUUUCAGUUUUUAAAAAUUUGUUGAGGUUUGCUUUGUGACCUACAUUCUGAAGAAUGUUCCAUGAGCAUUGGAGAGUGUGUAUUGUGCUGCUGUUGGGUGGUGUGUUCUAUAUAUGUCUGUUAGGUCCAUUUGGUUAAUAGUGUUAUUCUGAUCUUGUAUAUCUUCAUUGAUUUUCUUUCUAGUUGUUCUAUCUAUUGUCAAAAGUGGUAUAUUGAAAUCUCCUACUAUUGUGGUAGAUCUCUCUAUUUCUCUUUUUAAUUCUGUUAGAGUUUGCUUUAUAAAUUUUGGGCCUCUGGCAUUGGGUACAUAAAUAUUUAUAAUUGUUAUAUUUUCUUGGUGAAUUGCCCCUUUUAUCAUUCUAUAAUUUUUUUUGUCUGUAAUAAUGGAUUGUGACUUGAAGUCUAUUUUGCCUGAUAUUGCCACUCCUGCUCUCUUUUGGUUACAGUUUGCUUGGUAUGUUUUUUUUUUUUUCAUGCUUUCAUUUUUAACCUAUGUAUGUCUUUGUACCUAAGGUACAUGUCUUGUAGACUACAUAUUGAUGGGUCAUUUUUUUUUUUAAAUCAAUUCUGCCACUCUCUGUCUCUUGACUGGAGCAUUUUAUCCAUUUACAUUUGGUGUUAUUAUCAACAGGGAAGAACUUACUGCAGCCAUUUUGUUACACUUUUUUUUUGUGGUGUUUGUGGUUUCUUUGUUCUUUCUGUGCUGAGUUCUUUUGUAUAUGGAAUUUUUUUCCUUUGUUUUAUUAUGAGCCUUGAUGGUGCAGAGGUUAAAGCAUUCGGCUGCUAAGUAAAAGGUCGGUGGUUUGAACCCACCAGCCACUCUGCAGGAGAAAAAUUUGGCAGCCUGCAUCCAUAAAGAUUUACAGCUUUAGAAGCCCUAUUGUACAGUUCUACUCUGUCCUAUAGGGUUGCUAUGAGUUGGAAUUGACUUGAUGGCAAUGGGUUUGGUUUGGUUCCUUUAUUAUUGUUGUUUUUGUGUUUACUGAGUCUUUUUGUUCUUCUUUGUUUUAGUAGAUAGAUUUAUCAAUUUUCUUUGUGGUUACCUUAACAUUUAGAUUUAAAAUCCUAUAUUAAAAAAAAUCUUUUUUAUCUUUAGCCUCAGCUUUUUCACCAUGUGGAAGUUCUAAAACUACACCAUUGUAUGUUGGAGUCCCUGUAAUCAAUUUUAUAACUUUUUUUUUUACUAUUGUGAUAUCUUUACCUGGCUUGGUAUCUUGUGAUGCUGUCAUGUGUCUUUAUCUCAGGUCGUUGUCUGAUGCCAUUGGUUUUCUCUCUGAACGGCUCCCUUUAAUAUUUCUCAUAGGGCUGGUCUGGUGGUUAUAAAUUCCUUUAAUUUCUGUUUAUCUGAGAAUGUCCUAAGUUUGCCCUCAUUUGUGAAAGACAAUUUUGCUGGAUAUAUAAUUCUUUGUUGACAGGGUUGUUUUUUUUUUUUUAAUUUCAGGGCUUUGUAUAAGUCAUCUUAUUACCUUCUUGCCUGCAUAAUUUCUGACUGGAAAUCAACAUUUGGUCUUAUUGAGUCCCCUUUGAAGGUGAUAUUUCACUUUUCAUGAGCUGCUCUUAAAAUUCUUUCUUUGCCUUUAGAUGUGGAAAGUUUGAUCAUGAUAUGUCUUGGUGACUUUCUCUUGAGGUCUAUCAUAUAUGGGGUUCAUCGAACUUCUUGGAUGGACAUCUUCCCGUUUUCAUGAUUCUUGGGAAGUGUUCUGCCAUUAUUUCUUCAAAAAUUCCUUCUGUAUUCUUUUUUUUUUCCUUUCUGUUCUGGAAUUCCUAAUUUGCAUAUAUUAUUUCUUUUGGUGGUGUCCCACAUAAUCCCUAGGGUUUCUUUGUUUUUCUUCAGUCUUUUCACUGUUCCUCAUAAAAAUUAAUAUCAAAGUUUUGUCCUCCAUUUCAUUGAUUCUUUCUUCCAUUGUUUCAAUUCUACUUCUGUAUCCUUCCAUCAGUUGUUUAUUUCUGUUAUUUUAUUGUUUAGUUUCCGAAAUUCUAGUUAUUUUGGUAAGGAUUCUGUUUCUUUAUUGAGUUUGCUUUUUUCUUCUAAACUUUCUUUCUCUGUUUUCCUUGAUCUCUUUGAGGAGCCUUAAUACUAGUUUUUUUUUUUUCUAAGUCUUUGUCAGGUAGUUCCACUAUCUGUUCUUCCUCAGAGAGCUGUUCUGUCUUUUUAUUUUGUUCACUUGUUUGAGCCAUCUUUUCCUGCCUCUUCAUAUGACUUGUAAUUGACUGCUGUCUUUGAAACAUUGCCAUUUUAUUUUAUUUAAUUAUAUAUGUCUUUAUGGAUUGUACAUUUGUCAUUUUUUCCAGUUGUUGCUCAACUUUUUAAUUGUGCUUUAGGUGAAAGUUUACAGCUCAAGUUAAUUUCUCAUUCAAGAAUUUACACGUAUUCUGUUUUAUGACAUUGGUCGCAAUCCCUGCAAUGUGAUGGCACACUCCCCCUUUCUAUCCUGGCUUCCCUGUGUCCAUUCGACCAGUUUCUGUCCCUUCCUGCCGUCUCAUCUUGCUUUUGGACAGGAGUUGCCCAUUUGGUCUCAUAUAUUUGAUUGAACUAAGAAGCACAUUUCUCACGUGUAUUAUUUUUUAUAUUAUAAAAAAAGAAAAAUUACAGGCCUGUUUAAUCUUUGUAUGAAGAGUGAGCUUUGGGAAUGGUUUCAGGUUUGGGUUAACAGAGAGUUUGUCAUUUUUAUCUACUUUUUUUGUUUGAUAAAUCAGGAACUUAGUUCUUUCCCUUUCUGUUUGAAUUGUCCACCUUCCUUUAUAUUACCUCAGUUGCUGUUGUUUUAUGAUAUUGGUCUAUGUAUGACUUUGGUGCUGCCAGUUGGCUGGGUGUGAUUUCCUCUCUCACAUGUGGGUAUAGUGGGUCAUACACCCACAGGGGUCCUUUGUUGUUAGGCAUGUAUAUCUUUCCUUGGAUGAUUGCAUGAAGGUGCAAGAGUAGGUCUCUUGCCUGAUGUGAGGUGCCAUGUGUCGAGUGGUUAGGAACUUGAGGAACAGUGUGGACCUUCUGCAUUGGCAUGAGCAGUUAGUACAGCCAUUCAUUUCUUUCCAGAUUUAUCUACUCGGCAUCACUGCUUCCUGCUGUGUUUCCGUGAAGUUACCUCCCUGGGCUCUUCACUGAUGGAUGCUUCUUGUUGCUGUCCCCAAAUGACCAUGCCAUAACAGCUGGCAGUCUGGGUUCAGACAAUCUGUGAAUCUCCAUGUUCUUGUUAUUUUCAUUCUAUCUCUCCUUCCAAUCAGUGCUCGGUCCAAUUCUUCAGGCUUACGAUUGAUGUUCAGGGAUCUGAGGUCAUUAUUUGUUAUCUGUUUUACUUAGUUUCUCAAGUCUUUGUUGUAGGGGAAUGUUCUAGUGCAUCAGUCUAAGCCACCAUUUUAGCCGGAACCUCCUAUGGCUUUCUUUUUGACAUGUACUAUUUUUUCUGCCCUCCCUCAGUAUCCUCAUGAAGAAGACCUUUUCACUGAUUUUGUACCAAACCUGAAGGGGCCUCAGUUGUCAAAGGUGGUUCCAGCAGAUUGUCACACACAGGAGUAAAAUUAUUCCUAGAGCAAAAUGAUGAUGGGAGUUCUCAAGGUGGCUGCAUGUUGGUGGAACCCCCAGAUGAGGUCUGUGUUGGAGACUAAGGGAUCUGUGAAAGAGAGCUCCAGUGAGAGUAAGAAAUUCACCCCACAGACAAAUAGUCUCGAUCCUGAGAGCUCUCGCCAGCACUUCCGGAGCUUCUACUAUCCUGAAGCAGUUGGACCUCUCCAGGUUGUCAGCCAACUUCAGGAAUUAUGCCAUCGGUGGCUAAGGCCAGAGAUCCACUCCAAAGAGCGGGUCUUGGAACUACUGGUGCUAGAGCAGUUCCUGGCCAUUCUGCCCAGGGAGCUCCAGACCCAGAUACAGAAGCAUCAUCCACAGAGCAUCGAGGAGGCUGUGGCCCUGGUCCAACACUUUCAGGGAAAAUCUGAUUAAAGGAGGAAUGAGGUGAGAAGAAAGAUUCCGGACAUAUACAAUGAAAUAGGAUACAGGUGGGACUACUGGGGAGGUGGGCAGUUCAUGAGGAAUGAGAUGGAUAUUGGGUCACUCUUCUAUUGUUCCCUUAGGACAGCUGAGACUGGCCCUGAAACCAUAGGUCCCCAGCAUAGUCUUCCACAGAGUUUGUUGACCUUUGAAGAUGUGGCCCUGAAUUUUUCCCAGGAAGAGUGGGAAUUAUUGGACCCCACUCAGAAGGUCCUCUACAACGAGGUGAUGCAGGAACUCUAUGAGACUGCCAUCUGUCUUGCAUUAUGUUUGUACCCUAAUUCCAAAACGUUCUGUUUUGAGCAAGGGAAAGAACCAUAGAUCCAAGGUCUUCAAGAGUACAAAGACAAUCUUGGAGAAUUUCCAAUAGGGUUAAAGCUCCAAAAUGACACUGGAAAUGAUCAACCUACAUCUCUUUCUGAGGUAGAAAUACAAGCACUGGGAGGCAAAAUAUCAAAAAAGGUCGAAGUGAAAGCUCCCCGGAAAACAGCUGGCAAAGAAAAUCAUGGUGGUACAAGCAUGGUGAGGAAACAGUGUCAGAAUUUUGCAGGGAAGAAAAGAAGUAAACAGUCAAUGUGUAAACAAGAGGUGCUGAAAUGUAUGGAUCUUCAUAACAAAGACCACACAGGGGAGAAACCUUUUAAAUGUCAGCAAUGUGGGAAAAGCUUCAGAGUGAGUUCUGACCUUACUAAUCACCAGAGAAUUCACACUGAGGAGAAACCCUAUAAAUGUCAACAGUGUGAUAGGAGGUUUAGAUGGAGUUCAGAUCUUAAUAAGCACCUAAUGAUACACCAAGGGAUAAAACCACAUAAAUGUUCAUGGUGUGGGAAGAGCUUCAGUCAUAACACAAAUCUCCACACACACCAAAGAAUCCACACAGGAGAGAAACCCUUUAAAUGUCAUGAAUGUGGGAAAAGAUUCAUUCAGAACUCCCAUCUUAUUAAACACCAGAGAACCCACACAGGUGAGCAGCCCUAUACUUGCAUCAUAUGCAAGAGAAAAUUUAGCAGGCGGUCAAGCCUUCUUAGACACCAGAAACUCCACAGGGCAAGGGAAGAUUGUCUUGUGUCCCCAGUCUGAAUAAAGUCGUUAUAUGGAGCUUGACCCUAGAAAGGGUGAAAGAAUAUGAAAUCAUAACUCAUCAAUGAUAGGACUCUCAUUACUGGGAGAUUACGAGAUGUUAAUGCCAUGCUUCACUGAAAGGAAUCCAAGUUGUGUGUCUCAUUCAGCAUUGUAUCAUCAGUGCCUAGCACAAGACUGAUACAUAUUGAGGUGUUUAUAAAUAGAUGGAUGAAAACAUAUUUAUCAGAUAUCUAUACCUGUAUAUUUUAUCUGUGUGUACAUAUAUCCAUUCAUCCAUCCGUCCAUCCAUCCGUCCGUCCGUCCAUCCGUCCGUCCAUCCAUGUAUAUCUGAAUACUCAGAGGUUUCCCAUGCUCAUUGAUCUAUAUUCUUCAAGUAUCAGGUCCUUGGGAAAUAUAUGAUAGCCGUUAGGACCUCACAUAGUUCUCUACCAGGAGAGAUGGAAGAGAAGAGUAUUCAGGUCCCCUGAAGGGAGCUCAGAGAGAAUUACUACGGCGGGGGCAGUUUCUAUGUCUAUCUUUUUAUCUAUAGUAACAGUCAAGGCCAGUAUGUAGGGAAAUUUACUCUGGAACAGGAAGAAAAUAUUCCCUUUUUGGUCCAGGAGAAGCACCUCACUCUAGUUACCUCUCCCCCCAGCAUCUAUCCGCAUAAUAUCUGCUGUCCAGGAAUUCCAAGCAGCAAAGGCCUGAAUGCUAAACCAGAUCUAGGGACCUUCUAAGCCCUUGAUGUAGCUCCUUCUACUGAUCCUCUCAACGCUGAGAUAUAGAAAGAAAUGAUGAGGGAGGAAGUCUGAGCCCUCAUCCAGGUAACCAUCUCUUUGUAGAAAAUGCAGAGCAGUGGUAAAUGGCCUUUCUUUGAUUUGCAUUAUGUGAACUGGAGGCUUUGAAAUUGGUACCACACUGCUCCAGGUCUGAAAGGGGGCUCAUUUUUAUGGCAGCUUAGCCACUGCUCCAUACACCUGACUGCUCUGUGGAAAGAUCUGAAGGUUCUUCAAAACUGUUAUUUAUUGAGAAUGGCAAGGAUAGCUCUGUGGCUCUGUGGCCUCAGUGGACAUCUGAUAGCAGGAGAAAACUUUCAGAAGUGUCAGAGCAAAUGAAAGCAUUUGGCCUGUAGUGAUAGCCCCAGUCAAAGUCAGGAAAGAGGGAAACUGUGUUCUGGUGUUGGUGGCUUUUUUCUCUUCUCCAUCCACCUCAGUGACUAUCUCCUCUGAAAAGUCAAUGCGGUAUUAGGAAAAGAGCAGGGAAGUUGGAACACGUGGACAUAUAUCUGCUCUGUCAGUUUUGCAUUUAUGAUGUUGGUCAAGACUUUUGUUGGUUAGUAUUUCAUACAGUUUAACUUCCUUUUUUUUUGGUUUUCUAAUCUUUAAUAAAAGUAAAAAAUGAAUGCAAAAAGAACACAAUGUUGAAAACUUAGUCUGAAUGUGAAUCUCACUAGAUGUUCAAAUCUGGUAGAGUUCAAAGUUUGUUCAUACUAUUUUACAAAUCCAAAUCACUUUGGUUCAUACACUUGCUAUUAAUUAUUGGCAAAGAAAUCCUUCAGAUUCACAUUUUUUUGGCUACAUUAUUUCUAACAGAGAUUUCCAGCUGAAGAGAAAAAAAUACUUAUUGUUUGCACAUGAUCAAGUAUAUUUUAAAGAUUCAUCCACUGCUUUCUUCUAAUAACUUGGUUUUUCGUAAAACGCUGACAUGUUCACUGAAAAAUUUUUUACAUAACCACUCAUUUUCUAUUUCAGAAAAUUUAUAAGGGGUCAUUCCAAAGUUCAGAAUGAUGCAUUUUCUUUUAAACAAAUUUCCUUUAAAACAAAUUAGGUGUAGUAUCAUAAGAUUUACCCCCAAUAUAUCUUUCUCAAAACAACCCAGCAAGGAUCAUCAUAUAAACAAAAUCAAAUGCAUACAUCAAUACUCACAGGCAAGGUACUCUAAAUUUCCAUUCUGCUGACUGGUGACUUUUAUUUAAAAGGAAAGUCUUUUAAUCAAGCCACUGUAACAGAAUUUAAAACAAACCAAAAACAUUUAAAUUGCAUAAUACAGAAAGGUAAAUUUGUAAGUAAAAAUUAAAAGUAUACUAAAACUACAAAACGAGUAUCUCAAAGGACAGGGUUCAGUGGAAGUGCAACAAUAAAGUCACUCUGCAGCCAAAAGAAAUUAUUGCUAAAUUUUGCCUUCAUGCAGCACUGAAAUGAAUGCAGAACCCCUCUCUUUAACAUCCCAUACGUUAAAAAAUAUAUAUUUUAAGAGAAUAGAAGGCUCAGACUGGUUUUCAUAUACAUUGCACUUGAAGUUUAAGACCCAACGCUUGCAAAUUAGGUCUGAAUGGUCUAGGUCAUUAGAUGAAUACAUUGUGCUCAGCCAAUAUAAUUGACUAUUUAGAAACACCAAAUGUUUAAUGUGACAUACGCACUGUUUUUACAAGGCAAUCACAGAUGCAAAUUCUAUAGGGCUGUGAAAAAAAAAGUUAUCUCUAUUCUGGAGUAUCAAAGAAAUCAUUUUGGCUCACUAAGACUCUACAGCCCUGGGUUUUUUUAAGACUGAAAUACAUAGCAGAGGUGUAUUCACUUUUAGGUGAUUACGGAUUUUGGAUACAAUUUCAUAAACUCAGUUGGAAAUUUCAACAGACCAGUGUAGAACUAUGACUUUGCUUUUUGCUUUUAGUAAGAUUGGCUACACAAAACUCCACGGGUAGGCGAAACCUAGCUCCCACCGAUGCUGUGUACCUCAGUGUGGCCGCUAGCGUGAAUGCGCAUGCUCAUAUAGCGCUGGGAGAGGGGCUGCGUAGGUGCCGCAGCGCCGCUAGCCCACUUGGAACACAAUCUCCCCACGCAGGCUUUUUUUUUUAAUUAACACGACCCUAUUUUUAAAAACUUUUGGAUAAAUAUUAUUAUACCAUACUUGUCUUUGUUAGCACCAUCAACCUGUCUUCUUUGGGGACUGAUACAAACCUAAGAGUUGGUCAUUUUUAGUUCAAGGCUUUGAAAUAUGGCAACUUGUUUUAAUAACAUAAAUGAAAUCUAACACUUCGGGAACUGCCUCUGGCCUGGAUUCCCACCCACAUGCUGGAUCACAGGUCGCAGAGCACAGACAGGUACCAGCACGGUGAACCCAGGUCAGAUUUCAAGGUAAGUGGUUACUGUUUCCACUUCAUCACUCUAAAAUAGUGAACACUUUCCUAGGAGACAUUUAUAUAGUCAGCCCAAUCCAAACAGAUUAUUUAGGAAACAGAUCAUCUUUGUCACAGUCCAGUCGUACAGAUUUUCUUCCCAAAUCGUAUUUAUUCUUCAGAAUCAGUGGGUCUGAAGACUCAAUCACUAGGUGGCUUUUCAGGAGCACCCAUAGCCAGAUGUCGUCCUAUGUUUCCUACUGUUACACCUCCUGAGAAAAAUAUGCAUGGGAGCCAAGAACGAAUAUAGAGAAAAUCCGGGGAUGUAUACUGAUAAACAACGUUAUAUACGAGAAACUGAGUGAUCAGAGUGGCUAGAAACGCUAUGGUAAUUCCAAGCCCAAGACCACUUCUUGAACGAUCAAAUGUCCACCAGAGGCCCAGAGACGGCUGCUAAAGUCAAGGACCCAAAACCCAGUGCAGCUGAACAUUAUUGGCAAAAUCCAAUUUUGCACUUUCUUAGUUGAUGCCAACAAAAACUGCGAUACAGCGCAUUACACUGGCCCACUCUCUCUUAAACUUGUGGGGUUCUCCAAGAUGACUGUCGAUGCAGGGGUAGAGCAAGCCUACAACAGCAGUU